AUGCCCAUGCAUCUCAUGACAGACGACGACAGCAUGUCCUACAACGGCAACUACGUCAACUCAUCUCGUUACGAGCAGCGGGAGCCGUCUCAGCAACAACAACCACAGCAGCCAGGGACCCAGCAGAACCGCCAACAACCUCAGGACCCACCACUCACAACUUCGCCAAACUUUGACAUUCUGGACUGGCAUCCGGCAUAUGAAUCCUGCCAGCGUUACUUCCUUGAUCACGCUCAGCAUGAAGCUGGCACCCAGGCAUUGUGUGCUUUGAUCAACAUCCGACUGCCAUUUCAAUGGCAUCAGAACCCUGUCAUCUCAUCAAACCCUUCACAAGUCCCAGGAACCAGUCCUGGUUCUGGAGGCCCAUCUUUCAACUUCAAUCAAUGGUCACGACCAAACUCUUCUGCCAACGGUCGCAAUUCACAGCAGACUCCCGCUUUUGUAUCUUUAGUCCCUUAUAUUCGACGUCUAGUCAUUACCGGAUUCGACAAGCCUGGAAUCUUGCAUGGCUUCUUUGGCGAUGCAUACCAAGCCGGUAUCACUCCCAUGCAGGACUGCGAACGCCGAAACUAUCUUUUCGCUGCCAAGCACGGCGGUUGGCGAACCUGCAAGAAGCAGUACGACAUGAAUCCCGAAGAAACGGUGCCUUUCCUUAAGCCGUUGCAAAGCAUCCGCGACGAGGAGUUGGAUGCUGCAGAGAAGAACUGGAGUUCAUGGUUGGCUAUGGAGGAUUGGAUGAUUGGUCCUCGUGCUCCUCAUGAGGAGACUGGACAAGAUCAAUCGAGUGAACGUUCUAGACCUUGGGAGCGUGCAGGGGGUAUGGCGGGCUACGACUCUGGGCUUCCAGAUGCCUCUGGCAUCGACCCUCUAAUUCACGAGUAUCUUGAGCAAAUUCUACGCGUCACCACCAUCGACAUAUGCGAUAUCCUGGUUGCUUUGCUGGCUCACUCUCGGUAUGCGCUUAAGAGAAAGGCUUUAAAUCGCACUCUAAUGAGUAACGCAUUCUUUGAACAUGUAUUGUCGCUGCUCGUGCGCCUGGUCGCCGCGGGUGAGCGACCGAAAUCCACUCGUGAAGCCCGCAACGUCGUACGAGCCUUGGGAGAAUGCCUUACCGCUUGCCGUGCUCAUGAGAUGGUCCUCCUCAUGCAGCAGGUCGAAGUCAUGCAGAGCCCAGACCCUCAGGUUGUCACGUCCUUCGAAACACUGGCAACGCUUGCAAUCGCUCUCCUAAACCAUGCCACGGUCAAGACCGACAUUGGUGUUUGGCCACAGACUCUAAAGGGAAAAGUCGCCUCUGCGUGUAGUGACUUUGCAGAACUUAUAAGUCCGUGGUCUCAUUCGCAAAUUGGUGCACGCCUUCACAUGAUGGCCAAGACUCCACCCCUCGGCAAACCUGACUUUAGCACUGCAGAAAUAGCUUCGGCAGUCAACGAUCUUCCAGUCACCAACUCGCGAGUUGGCCUCUACGCAUACCUCAAUGCAGCGUUGUGUGCGAGACCUCUGACAGAUGACAUGUCGCUCUUCAACUAUUUACAUGCCAAAUAUCAAAAUGACACACAAGCGCUGGUUUCAGAUUUGAUAGUGGCUUCUUUCGACGUUUUGGCGAAUGCCUUGCAGCAAAGGCAGUCACCCAAUCACAUUCUCUGCUACCGCUCGUUCAUCGCCAACAAGCUACCCUUGCUAAUCACAACCUUGUCCGGGUCAUUCGCACCUAUGACUUCUCAAGUUUACAUUCAGAUGGCUCUGAGACGAGUCGAUGUUCAUCCAUUCCCACCAUUGUCUUCGGAGAACGAUACCACCAACAACGAGAUCUUGAAAAAGAGUCGUCAAGAGUUUGUGCAGGCUUGCAUCAUGUUCCAGCUUGGCAAUGAACAGGCUUUCCAUUCCGUGAUGGGCGAGUCGCCUGCUCCAGUUGCUUCUCGAGUGGUCAGGUACAACAGACAAUCUCUGGCUCAGCAAUGUAUUGCCAACAUACACCGUGUGGAAGAAUUGGCUCGUGAGCUUGAAGGCAUGAACGGUAACGCAGGUGCAAUCUCAGGAGCGCUGGUUGACACAAUACGACACUUGUACACUGCGAAAGAAACCAUGUCUUUGCGAACGUUGUGCAAUAUCCUCUCUCGACGAUUGCCACUGAUGGACAUUAUCUUCCAAUACUCUCAGCCCGCAGACGUGCUUUUACCACUUUGCAAUCUGCUAAACGAAUGGACCCACGACGAGGACCAGAGCGAAUUCCAACCACCGUACGAAGAGUUCGCCUCAGUUUUGCUGUUGGUUUUGGCCGUCAUUCAUCGUUACCAACUGGCAGAAGCUGAGAUUGGAGCAUUCUCGUCUGACACGUUCAUCGUGAGAUUCCUCAACAACAUGUCGACGAGCAUCCCUAUCAGGGCACUCGACGAUGACCAGCAAAAGCAGCUCACAAAAUGGGUUCAAGGCCUGUAUGCAACUGAUGAACAGGGUGAGACGAACGGUAUCAGCGAUGAAACCAUGUCACACUGCCCACCUCAGUCUUUCUAUCUGCUGGUUCCAACACUGUUUGAGCAGAGUGUGCAAGCCUGCAAGCUCAUGGUUCUGGCCAUCAAUACAUUGAAAGGCGGACUCGAAUUUCUCCUUGAGCCUUUCCUACUUCCUUCACUGAUUGGAGGCCUCAGCUGGGUUACCAAACACUCUUGGGAGGAUCAUGGCGACACGGAGAUCUUGCUACAGAUGCUGCGCAAGUUGAUCCAGCCUGACUCGAUCUCUGGUGAUGCUCAAGCGAUGCAUCAGACCAUACUUGCCAUGGUCGCAAGACCUUUGGUGAUGUCUCUGCAGGAGUUACAGCGAAGGCAGCCCAAGCGCAAAGACGUCGCUCCACUUGUCGAGGUUCUCUCAUCUCACUUGGACAGCCAGCGAUCCGGCAAAUGUGGUUCAGCCGAUUUCACAGCAUGGUCCGCUGCUCCUGAAGGUGGCUUGCGAGCUACGUUCAGCAGUGUUGUCCGCGGUCUGGUCCAAUGGUCUUCACAGGGCAGCAUAAAUUCUAUACCUUACAGCUACACGCACCGAACCAUCACAACAGCUCUGGAAAUGCUUGGAGCUGAUGAGAUCUUGGCCAUCAUACUGGACGAGCUCAGGUCACAAACUCGGAGCGGAUCCGGGUCAGCAGCGCUUGAAGUUGCUACCGCUAUUAUUUGUGCGCCUUCGCCUCUACCCGCACUGUCUCAGACAAACGCUCUCAUGCAAUUUGAACAAUCUGCUCCGCUGUCGGUCAAUCAACGACGCACGCUGCGUCAGGCGCUGCGAGCAAGAUUGGAAGAACCCAAGGAGCUUCUGGGUAUGGAGGCUGAGCGUGUGGAAACACUCGUGAGACUCGGUCGUCGUGUUGAGACGCAACUUGCUGUCCCAGCACAGCUUACCAUGCCCAUGACGAAUCUUGAUCUUGACAUGAACAUGGCUGGUGCAGACAUGCAAAUAACCAGCGCAGAAAUGCAGAUGACCGGAGACACCACGACUGACCCUGCUGCUGCUGCUGCUGUCGUGGCGGACCAGGACUUUACAGCUGCCAUGGAUCAAUCACUGCAGAUGGACACAACCAAUAUCAACAAUCCCAACCCCAUGUCACUCGACAUGUCCAACAACCUCUUCACUAGCCAGGAUAUGGACUUUGAUCUGACCGGUACAUCUCAGCAACAUGGAGCUGGGCAGAUGAGCAACGAAGAUGAUAUCUUCGCCGGUCUUGAAAUGGAUCUUGGCGGUGACGACUUUGAUUUCUCCUAG